AUGACCGCCUCACCACCUCACACCACUUCACCAACAUCUACAUCUCCACAAAUCCUCACAACGCGAACCAUGAACAGUAUCACCUUCAAUCAAGACAAUUCGUGCAUAUCCAUUGGUACUGAUCAAUACCAAAAGAUCUUCAACGUCGAACCCUUUGGUGAGAUAUACUCCGAUGACAUCCCCACCGUGUUCAUAAAGAUCCUUUUUUCCACAUCUUUAACUAUCGUCAUACCUAAGGAGAAAGAUAACCGAAUCCUUAAAAUCCACAAUUUGAAACAGAAAUUGAAGAUCUGUGAAUUGAUCUUCCCCAGCACAAUAAUAGACGUUAAAGUUAAUAAGAAAAGACUUCUAGUUGCGUUGGAUAUCGGUCAAUUGUAUAUUUACGAUUUGAGUUGUGUGAAAUUGAUGAAGAUCAUAGAAUUGAAGAAAGGAUUCAUCGGUGACUUAUCCAAUGAUGAUAAUUCAUUACUUGUGAUCCCAAUGUCACUAAUACCCGAUAACAAUGACAUUUUUAAAGGAGUUAAUAUUGAAAGUUUGAUUAAAUUCGAUACUCAUAAACUGACUCAGAACUAUGAUGGUUACGUUCUUGUGUUUGAUACCAUAAACUUAAAACCAGUCUUGAUAAUGAAAUGUCAUUCAUCCAAGUUGAAGAAAAUCGUCAUUUCCCAGAAUCUCAUUGCUACUGCAUCAGUUAAAGGUACAAUAAUCAGAGUCUUCCAUUUGAGUUUCAAUGAUAAUGGUGAUAUCAAGUUAUUUAAGAUCCAGAAUCUUAGAAGAGGAAGGAAUUUCUCCAAUAUUCAUUUCUUAAAAUUCAAUAAUGACAAUUCGAUCUUAUCUUGUGGAUCAGAAUCAACCAUCCAUUUUUUCAAAUUAAACGAUAUUGAAACCGAAAUCGCUCCAGAGAGUGACGAUAAUGAAGAAGAAGAUGUUGAAUCAUCCAAAUCUUCUGAUGACCUUAAUGAAAACCUUGCAAAUCUAUUAAUUUCCAAACCUGUUGAAGAUAAGAGUCAAUAUUCUUUCAGUAAGAAGAUUAUAAACUCCGAUUACACAAAGAAACUAUUCAAGAAAUUACCAUACAAAGAGUAUUUAAACAAUCUUAUUCUCGAACCACCCAAAAGAUCAUUCAGCUACAUCAAAAUCCAUGAAAGAGUAGAAAUAGGAUUCAUCGAUGAUCUCAUCUUAGUAGUAACCUAUUCAGGUAAUUAUUAUCAGUACAAGUUCCGUCAUAAACAAUGUGAAAUGGUCAAUAAGUUUAUAGUGAAGUGA